AUGCCCGGCGCCAAUCCCACCACCGCCGUCUCCGCGCCCGGCAAGGUGCUGCUGGCCGGUGGGUACCUGGUCCUUGAUCGAGCCUACACCGGCCUUGUCUUCGGCCUCAGCGCUCGCAUCAGUGUCAUCGCCCAAGAAAUACACACAAGCCAGGGCGUCCAGUUGACAGAGAUUGUGGUCGAUAGUCCCCAAUUCCUUGAUGCCCAAUGGCGUUACGGCUAUCAUCUAGCCGAUGAGGAUGGCGGCAUUAAAGUCACCCAAUUGCAUGUUGGCUCAAAUCUCAGCGCCAAUCCCUUCGUUGAAGCCACACUUAGCUAUGUCCUCACCUACAUUUCCCGGGUGGCUCAUUACCGGCCGUCUCACAGCGUAAAGUCGGCUCGGCUCACCAUCCUGGCUGACAACGACUACUACUCUCAGCCGGACUCCUCUUUAGUCGAUACCAAGGCAGUCAAAAUUGGAUCAGGCCGGUUUGCCGUCUUUCCCACGACCCUGAAAGGCGCAAACAAGACAGGGCUGGGGUCGUCCGCUGCCCUCGUGACCUCUCUCACAGCGUCACUGCUGGCACACUAUCUCCACCCCAUGUACUUCGACAUCAACACCGACAAGGGCAGGCGGACCCUUCACAAUCUUGCGCAGGCCGCCCACUGCGCCGCCCAGGGCAAGGUCGGCUCAGGCUUCGACGUUGCGGCCGCGGUGUACGGCAGCUGUCUGUACACGCGCUUCUCGCCGUCGAUAUUGUCGGCGCUCCCGGAGCCGGGCAGCCCCGGGUUCGGCAGCAAGCUCGAGACGCUCGUCUCCGGGGAGGCCGAGGACGCAAGGUGGGACACGGAGGUCACCAAGGACGGCAUCAGCCUGCCGGCCGGCGUGGCGAUGCGCAUGUGCGACGUCGACUGCGGCUCGCAGACCGUCGGGAUGGUGAAGCAGGUGCUGGCGUGGAGGGCGAGCGACCCAGAGGGCUCCAAGGCGCUGUGGGACUCGCUGCAGAAGAAGAACGAGGCGCUGGCGGCUGCUCUUCGAGACGGCGACCUUGACGGCCUCCCUGUGGCGAUCGGCGCGGUCCGGGAGCUGGUCAGGAAGAUGGGCGCCGAGAGCGGCGUGCCCAUCGAGCCUGAGAGCCAGACAGAGUUGCUCGAUGCAUUAAGCAAGGUCGAUGGCGUCUUUGGAGGUGUUGUUCCUGGUGCCGGCGGGUAUGAUGCCGUGGCGCUGCUGGUGAAGGAUGAUGACGGAACGACAAAAGGGGUCGAGGACUUCUUGACGAAGUGGACAAAGGAGAAGGGUACGCGGGUGAGGUUGCUACCCGUAAAAGGCGAGCUCGAAGGCGCGAGGAUGGAAAAGCUGAACAUAUAUGAUGGCUGGCUCCGAAAAUGA